AUGGCUGAUGAGAACUCUACGAAGAUCACAGAGUUCAUUUUCCUAGGCUUGCAGUACCAUCCUCGGCUGCAAGUCUUCCUUUUCUUGCUCUUCCUACUUUUUUACCUCGUUACUGUGACAGGAAACUUGGGCAUGAUUAUCCUCAUCCGGCUCGAUUCCCGCCUCCACACACCGAUGUACUCCUUUCUCAGUCACCUGUCCUUUGUGGACACCUGCUUCUCGUCAGUGGUGGGUCCCAAGAUGCUCGCCGACUUCUUCGCUGAGCGGAAAGCCAUCUCCUUCCUGGGCUGUGCCUUGCAGCAGUGGUUCUCUGGGUUCUUUGUGGCCAUCGAGUGCCUUCUCCUGGCGUCCAUGGCCUACGACCGCUACGUGGCCAUCUGUAACCCGCUGCUGUAUUCCGUUGCCAUGUCCCAGAUGCUCUGCAUCCAGCUGGUCGGACCCUACACUGCGGGGUUUCUGAACACCAUGACUCACACAACAGCUGCUUUUCGACUUCCCUUUUGUCGCUCCAACGUAAUCAAUCAUUUCUUCUGUGACAUGUCCCCGCUGCUUUCUCUCGUGUGUGCGGACACCCGGGUCAAUAAGUUGUUAGUUUUCGUUGUGGCUGGAGCUGUCCUCGUGGUCAGUAGCCUGACCAUUAUCAUCUCCUAUUUUCACAUCCUCCUCGCCAUCGUGAGGAUCCGCUCUGCUGAUGGGAGGCCCAAAGCCUUUUCCACGUGCUCUUCCCAUCACGGGACUCUCUUCUUUAUCUAUGUGAGGCCGGGGGGCAGUUUCUCUCUGGACCUCAAUAAAGUGGUGUCCAUAUUCUACACAGCAGUCAUCCCCAUGUUGAAUCCUAUCAUCUACAGCUUGAGAAAUAAAGAAGUGAAAGCUGCCAUGUGUAGGACCAUCACCAGGAGGAAGUUUUGCAUCAGAAGAUAG